CAACGAGCCCGUUACCUUGGUUUGCACUUUGGUCCUGGCACACCGUUUGUUUCCUGCACAGAGGAACUGUUGACCUCUGGCCGACGUGCUAUGUUUUCUCUUCAGCGUAAAUUAAAACGCCUAGGUCUUUUGGUCCCUGCUGUUGCAGUUAAGUGCUUCGACGUGCAAGUCCGCUCCAUCUUGUCGUACGGUGUCCAGGUGUGGGGGCCUGAUGUGGUGCUGAAGCUAAUGACGGACUGCGAGAAUUCCGCGAGGUACUUUGACAGAUCCUUGCGGGACCCAAUGGUGCAGUUACAAAGGGAAUUUCUUCGGGAGAUUGCGGGUGUGAAAGUCUCGCCUGAUAAGUUGCUGUUUAAGGAGUUUAACCAGCGCCCCUUGCAUGUCUUCUGGCUGGAACUGUUUCUGAGGUUUUGGAAUGACCUGGUCAAGCAGAAGGACACGGUCUACCACCAGGCGUUGCGAGGUGAAAUUCGUUCGGCUCUCAGUACUGAGCAUUAUGAUGGCUGGGGUUCUAAGGUGUUGAAGAUUCUGAAAAUGUUAGGGACGGAUUUGACGGCCUUGGGGGGUGAGUUGGACUUGAAUGCGCGUGUGGAACGUAUUGCUGGCACGGAGCUAAAUGUGUCUGCUCUCACUAAAAAGUUUGCUGAUAGAAUGGAUGCGGAUUGGGAGG